CCAGCGCGCCGCAGCCCCGGGCGGCCGAGCGAAGCUCCGCAGACUCGCGGUCCGAGUCUCGGUGCGGCGCGGAGCGGAGCGGCCCGCGGCUGAGAGGGAAGGCUUUCAGGUUGGGCACAGAGAGCUGGAGAGGGGCCUGAAGGCAGCUCGCCAACCGGACGCCACACUUAGAUCUUCUCAGCCCUGCCUGCACCGAAGGGCCGAGGAAACAGGAACACGUUGAGUGCGAGUCUUUUUUUCAGAGUGGUUUGAAAAAGAAAAAAAAAACCAUGGAAGUGGCCAGAAAAAGUCUCUACUGGUGGAAGCGCUCCUGUCAGUAGCCUCAUUUGCCAUCUGACGGUGACGCUGGAGGGAGCCUGUAUUUUUAGUUUCAGGCACAGUUGCCGCUUUUGCCUCUCUUGCUCCUUAAAAAGAUUGAAGUUGCGUCUUGUGUCUUACAGACAGAAACAGUCUCCGCCAGUCAAGAAACCCUCAAAAGUAUUUUGCCAUGGAUGUAGAAGAUGAAGAAAACAUGAGUUCGAGCAGCACAGAUGUUAAGGAAAACUGCGGUAUGGACGGCGCGCCCCCCAAGGACGGCAGCGCCCCGGGGCCUGGCGAGGGCGCCCCGCUCUCCAACGGGGGCGGCGGGGGCGCCGGCAGGAAGCGGGCCCUGGACGAGAGCAGCAAUGGCCACUCCAAGUUCCGCCUGAAGAAGCGGAGGAGGGCGCCGGGGCCCGCGCUGCCCAAGAACGCGCUGAUGCAGCUCAACGAGAUCAAGCCCGGCCUGCAGUACUCGCUGCUGUCGCAGACGGGACCCGUGCACGCGCCCCUCUUCGUCAUGGCCGUCGAGGUCAACGGGCAGGUCUUCGAGGGCUCCGGCCCCACGAAGAAGAAGGCCAAGCUGCACGCGGCCGAGAAGGCCUUGCGCUCCUUCGUCCAGUUUCCCAACGCCUCUGAGGCCCACCUGGCCAUGGGCCGGAGCCUGUCCGCCAAUGCAGACUUCACAUCCGACCAGGCUGACUUCCCCGACGCGCUCUUCAAUGGCUUCGAGACCCCGGACAGGCCGGACAUGCCCUUCUACCUGGGUGCCAAUGGCGACGACUCCUUCAGCUCGAGUGGGGACCUCAGCCUGGCUGCGUCUCCCAUGCCCGCCAGCCUGGCCCAGCUGCCCCUCCCCGUGCCCCCGCCGUUCCCACCCCCGAGCGGGAAGAACCCCGUGAUGAUCCUGAACGAGCUGCGCCCGGGACUGAAGUACGACUUCCUCUCGGAGAGCGGGGAGAGCCACGCCAAAAACUUCGUCCUGUCCGUGGUCGUGGACGGGCAGUUCUUUGAAGGCUCGGGGAGGAGCAAAAAGCUCGCCAAGGCCCGGGCCGCGCAGUCCGCCCUGGCCACUGUCUUUAACUUGCGCCUGGACCAGACCCCGUCUCGCCAGCCCGUCCCCAGCGAGGGCCUCCAGCUGCACUCGCCACAGGUCUUAGCCGAUGCCGUGGCUCGCCUGGUUCUGGAGAAGUUUGGGGACCUGACGGACAACUUCGCCGCCCCUCACGCGCGCAGGAAAGUUCUUGCUGGAAUCGUCAUGACAACAGGCACAGAUGUGAAGGAUGCCAAGGUGAUCAGUGUUUCCACAGGAACAAAGUGUAUUAACGGCGAGUACAUGAGUGAUCGCGGCCUUGCGCUGAACGACUGCCACGCAGAAAUCAUAUCUCGAAGAUCCUUGCUUAGAUUUCUUUACACACAACUUGAGCUUUACUUAAAUAGCAAAGAUGAUCAGAAAAGAUCCAUCUUUGAGAAAUCCGAGCGGGGAGGAUUUAAGCUGAAGGAGAACGUCCGGUUCCAUCUGUACAUCAGCACCUCCCCCUGUGGAGAUGCCAGGAUCUUCUCGCCACACGAGCCCGUCCUGGAAGAACCAGCAGACAGACACCCGAAUCGUAAAGCCCGAGGACAGCUGCGGACAAAAAUAGAGUCUGGUGAGGGGACGAUCCCAGUCCGCUCGAAUGCCAGCAUCCAGACGUGGGACGGGGUGCUGCAAGGGGAGCGGCUGCUCACCAUGUCCUGCAGUGACAAGAUGGCGCGGUGGAACGUGGUGGGCAUCCAGGGCGCCCUGCUCAGCGUCUUUGUGGAGCCGAUCUACUUCUCCAGCAUCAUCCUGGGCAGCCUCUACCACGGGGACCACCUCUCCAGGGCCAUGUACCAGCGCAUCUCCAACAUAGAGGACCUGCCCGCCCUGUACACCCUCAACAAGCCUCUGCUCAGCGGCAUCAGCAACGCGGAGGCGCGGCAGCCGGGGAAGGCCCCCAACUUCAGUGUCAACUGGACGGUGGGCGACUCGGCCAUCGAGGUCAUCAACGCCACCACAGGGAAGGACGAGCUGGGCCGCGCCUCUCGCCUGUGUAAGCACGCGUUGUACUGUCGCUGGAUGCGUGUGCACGGCAAGGUUCCCUCCAACUUACUGCGCUCCAAGAUCACUAAACCCAACGUGUACCACGAGUCCAAGCUGGUGGCCAAGGAGUACCAGGCCGCCAAGGCCUGUCUGUUCAGAGCCUUCAUCAAGGCCGGGCUGGGCGCCUGGGUGGAGAAGCCCACGGAACAGGACCAGUUCUCACUCACACCCUGACGGGCGUGCAGCACGGCCCCAAACCUCGCAGCUGAACCGGGGCAGGUGUGGGAUGUGUGGGAGCUGGGUGCGCGGCACCGUCCCCAGGGGCAGGCGCACGGGGCGCGGGGCGCGGGGUCUGGCGUCAGGGUCCCGUGUCACCACCUGGCAUCUGUCUACAGCAGCGUUCCCCCUUUUGAGUCAUCCAGUGACUGCUUUCAACCUCAGUUUACAUUUAGAAGUUGAGUUCUACUGAGUAGGGCUUCCUGAAGUUUAGGAAAAAUAGAAAUUACUUUGUGUGAAAUUCUUGAAUAAUUAAUUUAUUCAGAACUAGGAAUAUGGUUUAUAAAAUAAGAAAUAACUA